UUAGCUUAUUUGUUUUUAAGAUACUGACUGUCUCAUUUGAACCGAAUACUGUUUUGUUUUUAGCCGUAUUUUUAUUUUCAUUGGCAGACGCGCUCUGGAUGCAAGCACAGUGCUGAUAUGUCAUUUCCUAAAAUUAUAUUAAGCGAGAUUUUGGGUAAAUAUAGAAAGAAAAAAGGGAGUGUAUAUUUGAGCACUAGUACAACGAGACUGUACGGAAUUAACAUGAAUGGACUAUAGAAUAGUCUUUUUUGUAACAAUUUAAUUGGUUUAAAAGCAAACAAGAUUAUCCAUAAACUAAUGUUAACAGAAAAUAAAUAUAAAAAGAGAAUUUCGACAAAAGCUGCCGGGAAGCACUGUCGCUGCUGAUUGCUUGUUUCUACGCGCUUUGAAAAGGGAGUCUCCUCUUCCAGAAUAUCACUUACAAUGUGCGCCAUCAAAAAUAAAAAUAAAGUUUCUAAAGAAGAUGAUUUCAGCAAGCUAAAACACCACACGAACACUUGUCAUGUGACACUUUCUAUAUUGGCUUGCUAGCUCGCAAUUGGCUGCUGGUCCGCGGCGGUGCAGCACUGAGCGCUGGUUUAACAUGUUACAGGUGUUAUACACCAGUGCCAGUAGGCACUGAGCGCUUUUCACCUCCAGCGACAGUGUGUCACUGACGCUGGCAUGCGUAUCGGGUGCUCUGUGCUGCUGAGGUAAAGGUGACCGACAUAUUCAGUGGUGAGGCAGGCCCUAUACUUGUUUUUCAGUGAACAGAGUUAGGUAGAUGAAAACGGCAUGGGUGUUUUCAAUGCGGCAGAUGAUAGCUCUGGGUAGUCUUGAUGCAAAGAAAUCCAAAAGUUAGCAAGAUUGUUGAGAAAAUCUGAGCUUCAAUGUCUUGUCACAGAAAGAUCCACCAAUGCUAUUUCUGUUGCAAGUGGCAAAUUAACACUUUGGUUUUAACACAGUCAUUUCUGCAAUAAAAGGAUUUCUAAUCCACCCUCUGCUUUCUGAUCCUUUCCAGGGUUGUCCAGCGGCCCAGAUAAGCUGCGUACCUGCAGUUUUUACGUGUUAAAUAAUCCUAAAUAUGCACUAAAUUUAAAUUUAAUGCGUAUAAUUUUGCUGCACUGCUUGUCUGCCUCCCCGAAAACUUCCACUAACUGUACACAAGAAAAAACAGCAGAACAAACAUUAUCCAGUCUCUGUUUAGCCCUGUUGCCUUUGCAGCCAGUCACAGUAAGAAUAAGAGAAAUUUGAAGCUAUAACACAGGUUGAACUGUAAACACCCCAGUCCAUUUAUUUAUUUUAAAAAAGCAUCAGAAUAAUAUUCUACUCACAGUUCAUCAUUGGAUUUAAUGUAGCAUCAGGUCUGUUCUGCUGCACACAUCUCGCUUUCCUAUUGUCUCCAGAUAUUUAAAAAAAAUCCAAACACCGCUCUUUUGAGACUUAUUUACUGCAGGAUGAUUGUACACUACACAGCACUGGGAAAAUGACUGUCUCCGUGUUCUUGCGUCAUUAGUAAGCAUGCCUGACCAAAUAUUAAAUUCAGUGCUGGAAGAAGUUCAAGCGUGAAUAUCGGUGUACAUUAUCGGCUAAAAUAACAAAAACUGCCGAUAGCCGAUUGUGUUUUUUUUCCUAAUCGGUGCCAUGUCGAUAGACUACUGAGUAUCAGUGAACCCUUAGUUGUAAGUCAUUCUUUUGCAAGGCACUGUCAUCCAAAAAGUCAUCCAGUGCAGAACAUGUUUCCAAACUGCCAUGGUUCACAUGAGAAUACCACAAGGACAGCUUCUUGAUCCAGCUUUUGAUUUUGUCAGUGAGAGAAAAAAAAUUUUUAAGAAUAUUUAAGUGAUCAAAGAUAUCUGCCAGGUAGGCUAGCAAAGCAAGCCAUUUAGCAUGUACAAACUUUUCAGCCAGUGGAGAUUCAUUGUCAGAAAGUGAAAUUCUCACUUUCUCUCUGAGCUCCAACAAAUUAUCUGAGGACCAUACUUCGAGACAGCCAGCUAAUUUGUGUGGUAAAGUAGCUGGCGAUGCUCUGCUUCCAUCUCAUCACAUAAAACUCCAAAUAGGCGUGCAUUUGUUGGACAACUCUUGAUGAAGUUGAUAAUGUGAACAGCUUUGAGAACUUUUGCAACAAGGGCAACAGCCUGCACUCUGACUCACCUGCUGUUUUUUCCAGUUAUUGCACGAGCACUGUCACCCUCACAGCACAGCGAUUCCAAACCAGCAUGGAAGACAAAACCAUGCAAAACAGCGAAGAGCUGUUCCCCUGUAGAACAUUGAAGUAAUGGCUGGCAGAACAGAAAUUCCUCUUCGAGAUUUCCAUCAUUCUCAGAUCUAAUGUAGGUCAGCAUCUGAGCAACACUUGUAGACAUCAACAGCCACACUGUGUGACUACACCUGGUAAGAGUGUCAUUAGACAGAGGAAUCAAAUCUAGUUGACUGGUUGCAUUUUCCCCCAACAUAAUGGAGACCAUUUGCUUGGUGUAUAAAAGAAAAAAAAGGUUUUGGCCUACUCGGAACCAUCCCAUUUAAAACCAAACUCCAAAUACUUUGGAUCAGAUUUUCGGCUUCUUGGUUUUUUACUGCUGCUCGGAACCUCGCUAUCUGCACUUAUUCUGCUUGCAGUGCAACUCGACUCCCCUUACUGCCAUUUCCACCACUUUUCUUCAGAAAAUGCUUCAUUUUUAAAUGUUUAUUGGCGGUAAGUUUCUAUUACAGCAAUUUUUUGAACUCCCUUCCACUUUAGCAUCUACUUGUGAGAAUUCUACUGAUACUCGCAUGCAAGAGAAGGAAAAAAAUGAAUUGGUUGCUAGGUAACCAGUUCAGGCAGGUAUAAAGACUCAUUGUGAGUAAAAUCAGCAAUGUACCAAUAAAAAAAAAAGUAGCUUACCUGUUAAAUGAAAUAGGUGGUAGAAUGAACCUGUUAAAUUAUACAAAGUGACAUCCCUUUUAAAAGUGCACAUUUACCCCAUUGAAUGGCACUUGCGACCCACUUUUGGGUCACAACCCACAGUUUGAAAACCACUGCAUUAUAAUAUUGACUUUCUAUUUUCAUGUCAUUUCAGAAUUUAAACGAAUAUGUAGCUGCAGUACUAGCACUGAAGCAAAAGAUAAUUGACACAGAGGAGUCCAGCACACUCCAUCAUCAACUGGAUGAACUUCUCUUGAAAUGUACUCCACUUGAGAAACAAAUUGAGGAAAUAGAGGCCAUGAAAUCUGAGCUGGAAGAAAAAAGGGCUAAGAGCUCCAUAAAGAUGUACCAACAGACAUAUCUGGAAAUUGAAAGCCUAAAACAGGAGAAUAAUGAAACUGAGGCUGUGAAUAAGAAGCUUGAAGCGCAAGUGAAAAAGCUUGAAGAAACAACAACCAAGCAGAGCCAAGAGAUCAAACAGUUAAAAACUGAGAAAAAUACAUUGGAGAAAGAUUUGAAGAGGACAGAAAUAAGCUCUUUAGUUGUCAAAUCAAUCAAAUAA